AUGUGGGUAGAAAAGGGACAUCCAAAAGCCGCUUCUUUGAAAACUGUCCCAUUGUUGUUUCUAGAGCUUUCUGCAGAACUCUUUGAUGGAAAUAGUACCUCUGGUAAUCUCAGCUAUGCCACAUCCCAAACACCAUCGGGACAUGGAUCAUCUUCUUUCCAUGCCACACCACUACAACUUAUGGACACCCCUUCUGUUAAUAUAGAUGAGGAUGAUAUCUUUUCCAAUCAUACCACUCAGCCACCACCUUCUGCUGCUUCAAUUUCUGCUGCUUCACCUUCUGGUAACCCCAACAAAAGAGCUAAACUCUCAACUCUUAGACCUCGAGCUAGUGCCUCACUUGAGCCACCUUCUAGUGUCUCCCCUAAAGCUUCUAUUACUGCUGAUGAUUUAGCAUUGGAGAUGCAGAAAGCUCUACGACAUUUGACUCAAGGGCCAACAAUUCCCUAA